AUGACAGAGUGCUGGAUCAACGACUGCGCGGAAAUGGACUUAAAGCAGCGCCUUAAUGCUGCGUCCUUCCUUGCAAAGCUUGCGUCCACGCGGAUUGCGAACGAUCGGCUUUGCCAGAUUGCUCUGGUCCUUUUUCGUGAUACAUUCGAGUCCGAGCGUCCCCUUGGAAGCUCUAAUGAGCCGGAUGACGAAAACGAAGACCAUCGCCGAACAAUGCCUGGAUUUACUAUUGCUUCUUUACUCCCAUCUGCAUGUGCCUGGAUCCGAGAAGCCGGGCAUAACAUCAUACUCUUAUCCGAUGUCUCAUGGAAUGAUUGCUCCCACAGUACCAUUGGGACAGGUGGCUUCACCUUUGUCCAGUCGGAGCUAGGUCAACAGGCACCUGGAGGAUUUAGUCCCUGGAGAUGGUUAUACUGGCUUAAGCGGUUACAUCAGAUUGCCGAUGAUCACUGGGACACACACCUAAGGGUACCCCUAGCCAAUGAUGACGUUCCUAACUCUGGAGUGGGGCAUCAAAUCCCCGAACGCACCUGCCAGCACAUGCAUCUCCUUGUCAUCAGGGCGUCUCGGCCCGUUGGUGCUCUAAUGCUCACAUAUUUCUUCUCAACCGAAGAUCUGCCAAGAUGUUUACGGCAUUUCGCAAAGAUACGGCUGGAGGCUACCUUGAGAUAUUAUUUUAUAUAG